AUGGCCGCCUCCUCGCUCGCGUUGGCGAGUUCUUUCUGGCUUCUCCUACGCGUCCCUCAACCGCGCGGAGCCAUCCCCGUUACGUGCUACUUCAUCUCGCGAGGACGGUAUAGCACCGCCAUUGCCGUUGCAGCAGCGAGGGAUUCGGCGGUUAAAAGAAGCGCGGACAGGAAUUCAGCGGAGGAAGUCAGGAACAUUCUGGAUAUGGCAGAAAGGGCUUCCCAACGAAGAGAUGUUUUCCACACCAAUUUUCUUACUCCACCUAUAGUGAAAGAGGCUAUGCUGGCAGUUGAAAAGUUAGCAGAUAUCAAAGCAGUAGCUCAGGGUGGCUACCCUCAGGCCGAGAGGUGCCGAAUCUCUGUUGGACACCCGGACUUCAUGACAAGUAACCCAGAUGUAGUUGCCGCUUUGAGCAUCUCAGGGAAUUUCCGAUUGGAACCCUGUUCUCAUGGUGACUUUCUUGGUGCUAUUCUUGGGACAGGAAUAACAAGGGAGAAAGUUGGAGAUAUUCUUUUGCAGGGGGGACGAGGUGCCCAGGUCCUUGUUGAUCCAGAACUUGUUGACUAUCUGAUUUCUACCCUUGAAAAGGUGGGGAAAGUUGGUGUUUCAUGCACUCAGAUUCCUUUGCUUGCUCUAGAAUAUGAACCGCCAAGGACCAAUUCAUUUAAAACUGUAGAAUCAUCACUCAGGGUUGAUGCCCUUGCCAGUGCAGGAUUUAAAAUCUCACGCACGAAGCUUGCUAGCUUGAUAAGUUCUGGUGAUGUUCGUGUGAAUUGGACACCAACAACGAAAAAUGGAGUUACCCUCAAAUCUGGAGAUGUUGUUUCUGUCAGUGGGAUGGGAAGGUUAAAGACUCCUAUUGUGGGUGGGUGGCAUUGA